AUGACCAGACAAUAUUCACUAUGGAAAUUGGAGCCAGUGAGUAAACAAAUCAUACAAAAAUUGGGCGAACCAAUUGCAAAAGGAGGCGCUGAUUUGAGUCUUGAUCAAGUUUCUUCAUUAGAUAGCAAAACUCUCUACACCAUUGCAAGUGAUUUAGCCUCAUUCAAGGAUGAACUCGUGGCUAUCCAAAACAUGAAAAAUCUUGACACCACUUUGUGCACGAAAGUUGUCAAGUGGGUCAAUCAAUUUCUACUACAGGACAAGAUUCAAGUUAAGAAAUUCACUUUUCCUACACCGUCUUCAUUCUCUCCAGACAAUAUUGAAGAAAUGGCCGCUGAAGAUGAAUUAGACAAAAAAUAUCUUCAAAGCAAAAACUUACACAAAAGUGAGAAGGCAUUUCUCGAUGAUUUAUUGAACAACUACACUCUAAAAGAUUUAACAAAACCUUCCCCGAUAGCCACGGAUAAAAUGAGUUUUAAAAUGAAACACCGUGAAGAGACAAUCAAAUUAGUAGUGAGUGUAGCAAAGGAACAUUUGAAUUUCAAAAAAGGAGGGAAUAAGCAAGGUUUAAACUUUUUCAUUGCAAAAGGAGGAAGCGGAAGUGGAAAUCACGAAAUUUUAACGGAAUACCAACAUUAUGCGCAAAGCAACAGAAUGGAUGCUAUUUCCAAAAACACACAGAUUAUUUAUUUUAACUUUGUUGUAAAUCACAGAAAGAUGGUUGGUAAAACGGAUUAUUUAUUCUUCGCCGCGUGUGCGUGCGCAUGUCUAAUAGUUGAAUAA